GCGCGAGGUGGGAUCCCGGGAGGCGAUCUUCGGACGGCUGGGAUCUGGGCGUUAGUAGCCUGCUGGCAAGCUUUGCUGGACGGGACCGGGCGAGAGAAGGAAGGAGGCGUGCAGGCAGGCAGGUCAAGAUGAAGGCGUUGAUCCUGGUGGGGGGCUACGGCACUCGGCUGCGACCCCUAACCCUCAGCAUCCCUAAGCCCCUGGUCGAAUUCUGUAACAAGCCCAUCCUGUUGCACCAGGUGGAGGCCUUAGUAAAGGCGGGUGUUAAUCAUGUGAUCCUUGCUGUGAGCUAUAUGUCAGAACUACUGGAGAAGGAGAUGAAAGAACAAGAGCAAAGGUUGGGCAUUCAGAUUUCUCUGUCACAUGAGAAGGAACCACUGGGCACAGCUGGCCCACUGGCACUAGCACAGGAGCUUUUGGCUGAAAAUUCAGAACCUUUUUUUGUACUCAAUAGCGAUGUGAUCUGUGAUUUUCCCUUCACAGACAUGGUACACUUUCACAGGCAUCAUGGAAAAGAAGGCACCAUUGUGGUGACAAAAGUGGAAGAACCUUCCAAAUAUGGUGUAGUAGUGUGUGAGGCAGAUACUGGAAUCAUACAUCGCUUUGUGGAGAAACCUCAGGUUUUUGUUUCCAAUAAAAUCAAUGCUGGGAUGUACAUCUUAAAUCCAAGUGUAUUAAAGCGCAUUCAGCUGCGUCCUACCUCAAUUGAGAAAGAAAUAUUUCCAGUAAUGGCAGAGGAGGGACAACUCUAUGCUAUGGAAUUACAUGGGUUCUGGAUGGACAUUGGGCAGCCAAAAGAUUUCCUGACUGGCAUGUGCCUAUAUCUACAAUAUUUACGGCUGAAGCAUCCUGAGCGGUUACAUUCUGGAUCAGGCUGUAUGGGGAACGUACUAGUGGACCCAAGUGCCAAGAUUGGAUCAAACUGCAGUAUUGGUCCCAAUGUCACAAUUGGGGCAGGAGUUGUGGUAGAGGAUGGUGUUCGAAUCAAGCGUUGCACUGUUCUAAAGGGAUCACGCAUUCGUUCCCACUCAUGGCUUGAAUCCUGCAUUGUUGGGUGGAGCUCCUCUGUGGGACAAUGGGUGCGGAUGGAGAAUGUCACUGUGUUGGGGGAAGAUGUCAUUGUGAAUGAUGAACUCUACCUCAAUGGGGCCAAUGUGCUGCCUCACAAAUCCAUUGCUGAAUCAGUCCCAGAGCCACGCAUCAUCAUGUAGCAAGCUUGGAUUGAGUGCUGGACUAACUGGCAGAACAUUUUAUUGGAACGACCACACUCUGUGCCUUGGUGGCAAGGGACUCUCUACUGAGUUCAAGUUUUUUCCUCCAAAUACUGGUUUUCCCUUGCUGCUGACUUAAUCUUUACAUGGAGUUCUAGGAGUGAACAAGACUAUUGCUGCAUCAUUCAGGAUUGGGAAUGGGGUGAAAUAGGAUAGGCUACCUGAGCCAGAUCCACCAUUGUUCUACAGUAGAGUCCAGUACCCUGUAUUGGACAAGGACAAGUCAUCUUUGCUUUUAAGAUCUGGGACAGUAUAACACAGCUCACCUGUUUGAAGAUGAAAGCAUCCAAUAGUUCUGGAAAAGGGAAUAAACAUCAUGCUGUAUACUAAUAUGGUAGGGUGGUAUUUGCUGCUUAUGAAGCACACAGGCAAACAAAAUGCAGUACUUUCCCUGGAACUUAAUUGCCUUAUAAAAUUGCAUUGCUUCCGUUCAUAUGGUGAAUAACUGGCAACUUUAGAACUUUGGACAAGGUUCUCUAAUGAAAUCACAGUGUAAUGAAAACAAAUGAAGUUAUUGUAAUUAAUGAAUUCUAGGUAUGUCAUGUGUUGUCUACUCUUGAUUCAAGAAAUGCUACCGAUGAGAACAAUACUCCUUAAAAUCAA